GGAAUAUUGAUCCAUCUCCGCGCAACGGCUUACGAUCAGCUAUGUCUGCCUUCUGGUUUGCCCUUAAUGCCAUCAUGCCAUAAUUCUUUCUUACUGCUCUUUCCACGCUUCGAUUGUCAACUUUCACGAUGCUCAAAUCAAGGCCAAUCGCACAGGCAGCCUCGGCCAUAAAGAUAAGCUCUCGAGGGUUUCAUCCACAUCCUGGAACCGGAGACACAAGAGUUGCAACAAGGGUGUAUUCACCAUAUGCUGCACGGCGACAACAGCAUUUUUUCAGAUCAGUGGCCACAGUCAUAGUCCUUGGAUCCUUUGCCACAGCAUGGCAGUGGUCGCGAGAGUUGCACGCUGAGGAACCACCAGCGGCCAACGAGCCACAAUUCGAGAAGCCAAGGAAGAAGGCUUCGUCAAAGGAAGAGAACAGGGACAUCAUAAGCUCUCAGCACCUCCAAGUGCGACGGAGUUGGGAGAAUCCAGGCGUGUAUGCUUGGGGAUCGAACGCUGGAAAGGUUGUCGCUCCCGACUCAAACGAGCCAUUCAUAAAAACAGCCCGCCGAAUACCAUACUUUGAUGGCAAGGUUUUGAGGGAUGUUAAGCUUGACAAGACGUAUGGAGCUGCUAUCGAUGACAAAGGAGACCUCAUACAAUGGGGUACGCAGUUUUCUACGGAGGACUACACACCACAAGUUACCCUGCGCCACAAAGACCUCGUUUCCCUGUCUCUCUCCCGCGACCGUAUCAUAGCCUUGAGCUCAAAUGGCACAGUAUACAGCAUUCCGGCCUCCAAAUCUGACCAACAAGCCGGCUCCAAAUGCCAGGAAAGCUCCUGGGUUCCCUUCUGGACGUCACGAGCCAGUAUUAGCUAUCGGAAGAUCGAACCCUCGAACCUUGCUUGGGGCGAAAAGAUCUCUUCUGUGUCUUCUGGAAUCGAGCAUGCCCUACUACUUACUACUAAAGGCCGUGUCUAUUCCUUCGCCUCCGCUUCUGACACAUUUCCCUCACGCGGCCAGCUGGGCAUUCCCGGCCUUUUAUUCCGUACGCGACCAGCAGGUCCUGCUGAUCAACCUCACGAGAUCACCACUCUCCGCGGAUUCCCUAUAACACAAAUUUCUGCCGGCGACCAUCAUAGCCUAGCCGCCGAUCGCGAUGGUCGUGUCUUCGCGUUUGGUGAUAACUCUUUCGGCCAGCUAGGUCUCGACACAUCCGAGCCGUCUUUUGUCGACACUCCGGCCUUGGUGCCCCUCACACGUCUUUACUCUGGCACAUCACAGGUCCCGCGUGUGACGCGUAUCGCAGCAGGUGGGACGAACAGCUACUUCACUAUCGACGCAACACGGGUAGCCUCUGCUGCAGACGACGAGUCUGAAUCGCGCUCAGCGCGUCUGGCAAUGGGACGCGUGACGGCCGAUACCUGGGCUUGUGGGCAAGGUAUCUGGGGUGCACUCGGCAACGGACGAUGGACGCAUGUCGCGUCUACCCCUGUCAAGAUUCCCUCCCUCUCUGGCCUUUACGAGUAUGACGAGGCUGCCAAGCAAGCCAUCCCAAUCCGCCUAGCACGUCUCUCAGUCGGCACAAACCACGUCGCAGCAGUCAUGGACAACGUGACAGAAGUCUCGGCAGCUGACUCGAGGUACGCGAGUGAAAACGCCACGAAUUGGGGCGCAGACAUCCUAUUCUUCGGGAACAACGAGUUUUACCAGCUCGGCACGGGCAAGCGGAAUAACGUGAGCAACCCGGUGUAUAUCCAGCCACUGGAUGCCGUAGCGGAGCGGAAGGUGCGUGGCAAGGAAGAGCAUCGUUUUCAGAUCACGCCGAAGAAGAAGGUCAGCGUGAAUGGCAGGAAAGUCGAGAUGGAGCAGAGAGUGGAGUGUGGAAGGCAUGUAACGGCUGUGUACUCUGGAGUAUAAGCCGCGAAGGAGGCGAAGGUGAUGUCUCCGAGCAGACUGAAGUGUCAGCAACAGGAGGGCAUUAUCAGUGUUAUUAGCGUUCUCACGGCCCCAUGUCAUGUAAAUAGUAUUCCGUCCAUUUCGGUCAUGUAUUGAUCCUUAACGAUAUGCUACAUACUUCUAAAGAUAUUCCUGAGCAGAGAAUCAUGACCGUCAUACCAAUCUAACAA